AACGUUUAGUAAACAUAAACCACAAUGCUAUCAGACCAGCCAAAUAAAAUAACCUACAUUGAAACCGAAGAGAAUUUUUGAAUGUUUGUAACACAGAUGACGCUUCGUUGAUUACAAAUGCGUGAUUUGUAAGAAGGUCUCUAUCAGAUAACGAGGUAAAAUGAAUCUCCAAGUACAAUACAUGUAUAUUUGAAUGAAUAUAGUUUAACAACAUCGGAUAAACAACACAAAGGAUGUCUGAAGACGGCAAAGUGGCAUGUGACUCUUGUGAAUAUCGGGGUAUUGCCUCCUUGGCAGUUAAGUACUGCAGAUCGUGUCAGGAACAUUUGUGUAAAGAUUGUAUCGACCUUCAUAAAUCGUUCAAACUGACAAGAGGGCAUUUAUUAGCAGACAUCGGAGACAAACAUACUCUUCUAUUGUGUAGUGGGAUAGAAAACCUUCGUAUGUGUCAACUACAUCCAAAUAAACCGCUCGAGUUCUACUGUUGGGUACACGAACAACUUUUGUGUAGUUUGUGUAUCAUAAAAGCCGAACAACACAUAAAAUGUAACAAAACAAUAGUUGAUAUUGAAAGUGUAGGGAAAUCUUUGACAAGUUGUCACCUACCUGAGAUGGCUAAAUUUGAAUUUCAAAAGUCAAUAUCUAGUGCUAGAGAUGCUGUUCAGGAAAUGAAGGAAAUAGAAAAUGAGUCAACAAUAAAAACAGAGGGUCUCAAAGCAGACAUUAAACAACUCCGUGCUAAAAUCAUUAAAACGUUUGACGAAAAGACCAAAGGAAUAAUAAAAAAGGCUGAUAAAAUCAGCACUGACAUGAAUGAAAAAUAUUCAAAAUCCAUUGAAAAGCUCGAAAAUAUUAUAAAGACAGCUGAAACAAAUAAGUCAUUACUGGAAUCAGUUCUCGAAUCUGGUACACCAGAUGAUGUUUUUAGAUGUUCAGUAAGAAUGCUUGAACUAAUUGGAGAAUUCAAGCUUGAAACUGAAAAGGGAAUAGAGGAAGAAUACAUUAAACAAGAAUUCGACAUUUUGAAAUCCGAUCUGUUGGAAGAGUUAGAGAAAUUUGACAAACCGUUAGUUCAGUUUCAAGUUAAAGAAACGAAGAUCAAACGAUCUUUAAUUGAUCACAAAGAGCAGCCCUAUGAAGUUAUGAAAAACCAGUUAAUCUCUCUUUGUUCAAUAGAAGACAAACGUGAUACAUUACAAAAAGAUAAUGUGGAACAAGAAGAUGUUAAUGAAAUGGCAAACAGCCAUAAAAUUGAAACAGCUCAAACACAAUUAGAGAAAAUCAGCAAUUCAAGCGAUGCAAUGGAGAUUGACAAACACAUUCAUGAAGAACAUGAAAAUACAGCAACUGUGAAAAAAGAAAAAGAAUAUGUAGAAAUGACAGAAUACGAAAUUUCAUUGGAACACAAGAGUUCUUUCACCAUUUCAUCGUCCGACGAAAAAGAAGCGUGGUUUGGCGGCAUAGUUUGUCUUCCAAACGAAAACCUUGUUUUAUCUGACUUCAAACAUUCAAGACUUUUUCUAUUAAAUAAAAAGUAUCAGAUAAUGUCUACAAAAAAUCUUGGUUAUGAGCCUGGUCAGAUAAGUCUUCUAAGUGAAGUUUGUGUUUCAGUUUGUCUUAUGAAAACCAACCAAAUCCUAUUGGUCAAUAUACAACAAGAAAAGUUUAAGGACGACAAGUUUAUAAAGACGAAAUUCCAUCCAAAGUGUGUGCAACCUGUAGAUGACAAAUUACUGGUAGCUUGCAGGAACGGAUUUGACGAAUGGAACCUCAGUCUUAUGACUACUCGAGGAGGUUUCUGCCGUGAAAUAAAGCUCACAAAUUUCUUCGACGGUUAUAGAAUAGCUGUUCAAAAUCUCAAACAUGUGGACGGGAGAUUUCGUAUAAUUCAAUGUUGUGAAGUGACCGAUAGAUUGCGAUGUUUUGGGCUUGAUGGCACGUUAAUCUUUGACAAAGAAGUCUCGAAAGUAUCGUCUGUAGUUACAGACACGAAUGGAUACAUCUUUGUAAUAAGAUACACCGGCGAGAUACAAGUAUUGGAUCGUGACGGCCAAUUAAUAUGGAAGAUGUUCAAACCGCCCUUAAACAAAGCCAAGUUUGCAGCCUUCAAUCAGGCAAUGGAUAAACUUUUCAUAAAUUCAUAUAAAACACCAAAAAUACAUCUUCUUUAUAUUAAACGAAAGGUGAUUGAGUAACUGUACGAAGUUUUAUCAUAUAAAAACUGUGAAAUAUAAUGUUUGAUCUUUGAUUUUUUUUUCAUUCAAAAAUUCAUUAUUUUUGGUAAGCAUCUUUCUUCAUAUGAAAUUUCUUAAAUUCAUGUUACGGAAGGUGAUUGCGUGAUUUUCGAAAUUGAGUACGAACACUUUUAUUGUAUUAAAUGCUGUAAAUAUCAACAUUGACCUUUGAUCUUUUCAUUCAGAAAUAAAU